AUGGAGGCUCAGUUGAAGACAAUCGCUGCUGGUCUAUUAGCCACCAUCGUCGCUGGCUCCUUAUACAUUAUUUUUCUUAUUGGACGGUCCGUUCAUCGGCAUUGGCGGGCUCGUCACCAACUAUCAGAAGUUCCAACUGCUGUCACGCGGUAUAUUGAUCGACUAAGCACUGGAACGCGACAACUUGGCGUACCACGUUCCGAAGUCAAAACACCAAAGGCCUUCGGUGUUUACCUGGGCAGCUUCUCUAACCCUCCGACAGCGGACCAAAGCCGUCUGUUGUCGCAGUGGGAUGUAAUUGUUCUCGAUCCCCAGCAAGAUGGUGUCAUAGAGGCGUUAUCUGCGGGCUCUUCUGCCUCACAUAUUCUUGGAAGACUCGAUGUGCGCAAGCUCGUCGCGACCGCUGACAGCGGAUCACACCGUGAUGAAGUUGUUCGCGCAAUUUACGUUCUCACUCAAACUAUGGUGAAUCACCUCAAGCACCCUCAGGAUGUUCAAUCGAAAUUCACCGGCGUGCUUCUCGCGGAUUGUAGCGCAUACUUUCAACCGGUUGUGCUUAAUGAGGUUGUCAAAUUCAUUAACAACCUUGGUCUCGAUGUUUGGAUGGAAUUUGGACCCCCUGAGUACCUGGGUGAACGUCAAUGUCGCGAAAUCGACUGGACGAGCAUCCGAGGUGUUGUUUACCGCAAUGGGGCUAUUCGAUCGGACGGAGAUAGAUGCAAUUAUUUCCAAAUGGAGAAAAUGAGAACCGUUAUGCGUGUUGUUGCCGCUCAAAAGCCUAUCGGUGACUCGACUAUCGCCAUGUGGGAAACCAUCGACAACGGAAUCGAAAUUAAACACGAUGUUCUCCACCGUAGCUACAAAUGGUACAACUACAACAGUGCCAUGAGCUGGAUUGGGCCGCAAGCUGCUUUGACCGACGCAAGAACCGCAACUGCAGAGACUGUUGUCCACGAACCGAUCGGCGCCUUGAUGUGGAUGAAGAACGAACAAACACUCGCAUCUCACGACAUUUGGAGACAAAAUGAAAACAUCACUAUUGGAUCUACUGGGAACUCGAACAUCUAUGAUACCCUUGAAUUAUUCGUACCUGGUCUUAAGGAGAAGCUCGCAUUGGUCGCUCCUGCUCUGCAGCCUGAAACCGAUGGUGAGCUGACAAGUAUUGAUGAGCUUCAACUUUCCUCGCCAAAUGAACCUCUUAUGACCAACCCAUUCUCCAUGUCUUCCGAUGGUGAGGACUAUACUGGACUAGGAUGCUUCCAGCUUGGUCUGGAUCUUACUCCUCAGGAUAUCAAGGAUCUUCUCCAGGCUCAGCGUCAAGUACGAGAACUCAAGCUUCUGGAUCCCAUUAAGCCCGAGCAACUUCGUCGCAUGGCUGCCGAGCUCCAAUUUUUGCAAGACGCUCAGAAGGAUUCCUCCAAGGUUGCUGGCGAGCUGCAUGAUCUUCUUAUUACAUGUGACGGAACAACCAACGACCGCAUUCGCAUCUACUCUGGAUUGCACUCUGGCUUCCGAACCCGCAUGGAGACUCAAGUCUGGGGUAUGUACGACAAGGCCCCCGGCUACAGUCCUCUCGACAUUUAUCUCUCCGGCAAAUGCGAGGUAGGUCGCACCGGCGCUCUCUUGCACACAUUCAUGUCAAGCAAAGGAUACUCUCGCUACCAGUGUCUCCUGGCUGAGAUUGCCUUAUCCGCUGCAAACAACAAGAUGUCUGAGAAAUGGAACCAGCUUUCUCCCAGAAUCGUCAGCGAUAUCGAGCAACUUACUCCCAUCGAGGCUUUGCUUUGGUUGAGACGCCUUUCUACUAGUCUGAACAAGGACUGCGCCCAUCUUACUUCUCAGAUCCGCGCUUGCACCGAACAUCAACUCAUUAAGGUUCCUUCUCUUGCUCAGCUUCGUGCUCUUGGCUCUAGCGAGUACCUGAGCGGCAAGGUUUCGGGCGAUGAAUUGGUCUCCGCUCGUCUGUCCUUCUACCGCGAACAAGGAUGCUGGGCUCCCGAGGCUACUGCUGCCAAGGCACUCUUCCGCGAAAUUGACGAGCGCCUUCCCCAGAUCCUCAUGGGAGGUGACUCCCGUACUCUCGAACAAAUCGCUGAAGUUGUUCAAACCGUCAUCCAAAAGGGUCAAAUCGAUGCUGGUAUUGAUAUCUUCUGCUUGGCUGUUUUCUGUGCAUUCCGUCGCAUCUCCAUUGAUGAAAUUUACUUGGAAGUCCUCGAUCGAAACCCUCUCCCUAACCUCCACACUGUCCAGGCUGCCUGUUUUGCUGAGAUGUAUGCUCUUGGUGCCCGCUGUGAACUUUUCCUCGACAUGACUCCUAAGCUUCUGGGUAAAAUCAUCACUGCUCGUUAUCGCGAGUACUACACCAUUCACCAACCUACUCGCCGUGAUGAAGUCUUCACUGAGAUUCCAACUGCCUACGCAUCUAUGGAUAUGGACUUGGAUCCUCAGGGAGACAAUCUCAGCAUCCCUUGGUACUACCGAAUCACCUUCCUGGGAAUCUUCGCUGUGCCUGCUCUGGUCGAUAUCACCAUGCUGACCACUGUUGGACGCGGUCUGUACCUCACAACAUUCAUGAGUGACAUUGACAAGACAUUGGCCACCACUGCACUCAUGGUCGCCCUUUUGGUUUGUGGUGGAUUUGGAAGUUGGAUCACCUCCGGUGGAACCUACUACCUCUACGCAAUGGCUUUCCCUGCUAUGAGUAUGUUCGUCAUGACCCGUUUCAUUGCUGGAGUCGCUGUGGCUCUUGUUGGAGGUCUCAUUGCCAUGAUCGGUAUUGGCAUCGUCAAGGGAUUUGCCGCUGGCGUGCUGUUCUUCCUAUACUUCUUCUUCCUGUCGACAUACCUGAUGCUUCUUUCGGUUCUUUCUAUUUACCAACUGCCGGGUUUUCACUUCCAAUCUGGUCGAACAGUCAUUAUUUGCUGUAUUCCCAUUUUGUUCAUUUCGCCCCUCGUCACACUCUGGGUUGGCCACGACUCGGUAAUCUACCUCUGCAUCGUCGGAUGUUUCGUGACUUCUCUUCUUCUGGGUGCUCGUCGCGUGAUCUCAGCCUGGAACAGCUGGUACCUUAGCAUUCCCACCAUCACCGACGGCGAAGUUUUCAAUUGGUUCGCCUCGAAGCAGAGAUCUCCUUCCCCUGAAUUUCUUAAGACCAUGGCCUCAUCCACGGUCCCUCGCAAGACCAUGCUCGAGGCAGUGAAAAAAGAGCGCAAGCGUGCAUUCUGGUCGAAGGCAACUACCGAUCCCUUCAUUCGCAAAAUGGCGGAGGGCUACGAUUCUACUCUCUUCUUGCUUGUCUGGUACUGCCGGUACUCGCGUACUGAGAUCCCCCUUGCUUACAGUCCCACGUGGAAUCUUCAGCUCAAGGCUGCUGUAGAUACCAUCGCCGAUAUGCAGAAGGGUAUCCGUUUGCACAGUGCUUUCCUUCACUGGCGUCAUACUGGUUCGGACGUGUGGUGCGGUAUUCUCUACUUCAUCAUUGCGCUAAUGGACAAGUGGACUGCUCUGGUUACCGGUGAGGCCUUGGUCGGUCUGUCAACUGCAUCCAGUUCCGAGUACCGUCUAUCGGUCGGAUUUGGUUUGGGAUACUAUCUUACUGGUGCUGUGAUGCUGGAUGCGGUCUCUCAGCCUCUCUGGACUGCUGUCACCCAACGAACAACCGAAGCCAUCUCAUCUUUGGACAGUCUUCGCGAUGUUCUAAAGCACAACCAGAAGGACCGCCAGGCAUUGUACUGGAAGAAUCUGACAAAGUUUUUCUUCCUCCACGUUUGGGGUGGAUCUAUCACCAUGGCGCUUAUGUGGGCUUUUGAGGACAGACAAAAGUCCACCAUCAUGUAUCUUGCCUACCUUGGUGCAUACAGUGGUCUUCUCUUCUACCAGUACAACCGUAUUUUCACCGGACCCGAGGCUGCAAAGGCUCUUGCUUUGGGAUCAAUCGUUGGUUUCAUCGUCGGUGUUCUCCUUCACGUUUGCAUUCCACCAUUCACAUGGAGCAGUGUCAUUGGCUUGGGCUCUGGUACUUGGACUGCCGCUAUUUACUCCAUGUUCAUGGCCGAUAUUGGAUUACCAAGUUUGAAGUCUAAGCUCGAGAUCAAGGAGGAUAUCAAGGACCCCCGCGACCGCGCGACAUACACCUGCAGCUCUCUUGAGCCAUAUCUGGAUCUUUCACAGACCACCAUGGCAGAGACAUUUGACAACAUCAGUUCUCUUUCGCCCGAACUUCGCUUCUGCCUGGAUCCAGCAACUCAUCCCGGUUCCGAGGUUAAGAACAACAUCUUGGCUGGUGCUGGAUUGCAAAACUCACUUCUACUAAAGGCUGCGUUCCCCAAUGCCGAUAACUUGCUCCACCAAGUGGUUCGUCUGUGGGAGACUGGUCAGACCGCAGUCGAGUUCGUUUCCGCCGAACAUCUUCUCCAAAAGGAACAGCGCAUCCGUGCUAUCACUCGCUUGCAGGGUGACAAGCUUCAGAUCUUUGUUAUCAUCGGUCGCGGAGUUCCUGGACAAGACUGGUCAUCGAGCAUUCGUCGCAACUGCCACGCUAUCGCCGAGGCAAUCGUCCAAGGUACUACUGAGUCCACACUGGGUCUGUCUCACGACCACUCCUUGAUGGCUGAGCUUUUGGUUGUCGAGCAUCGCGAGAGCUUCGAACUGUCUCUUCCUGAGGGUGUCAAGUAUCAACUUGAACGCAACCCAGCUGAAUGCGCACGUGUUGCUAAUCAAGGUCGCAAGACGUUCCUUCGUCAUCUUUUGCUCGGUAUCGAUUCUGAUCUUGAAUGGGAUAAUCUCCCGGAAAGUGCCCGGUCGCUUUUGGUUCGCCGCUGUGCUGGAAAGCCUGGUUUCAUUUCCUCAGACGAGCGCAAAUGGCUUACUAGAAGAGCUGGUAGCGAGAAAAUCAGCGAUAUCUGCACCUACAUCGCGCGCUACAACUUGGGUGUUGGCAUGUCUAUGACUGUCAGCUUCUUUGCGCAGCGAUGGAUGGAGCAAGAUUCGUACCCUGACCUCCCGAUUCUCUUGGACUCUACAUAUGAGAAGCCCUUCCAGCGUCUUUUGCCUCCUCCCAUUGCGGCCAAUUUGCCUUUUGGUGAGGCGUUCAAGCUGUCAUUCACUCGCUUGCACCAUUCGAUCAAGACCAUUGUGAAGUUUACUUUGAUUUGUCUGGUUGCCGAUCCUGAGUACCAGCGAGAACUCAACUACGUCUUGCGAGGUCAACCGAUCUUCUUCGCUGUUCCUGUCAACCUGUUCCUGAACACUAUUUGGUCCAUCUCUAAGCUUCUGCAGAGAAUUCUGAUUCCACUUGUCUUGGUUCACGGACGUGAGAAUGUCUCCGAGCUGCACAAGGCCACCAGUGGCUGGAAGACAGUCAUUGAGAAGGACCGUAUCGUGGUUGAGAGUCUCAAUGGCCCUAUGACUUGCUUCCACAGGACUCUCCCCGACAACACGGCCCGUCUCUACCAAUACUCCGGUAACCACGACCAAGAGCCAGAGGACCAAUCCAAGCUCAUUGCCAUCAACACUUACUCCGACAAGCUUGUUCUCUCUCGACGGGAGGAAUACAAGGACAAGGCAGUUGUUAACGAUUUAAAAUAUGAGUACCCUCAGGUAAACGGAAAGUCUAGUGGCAAGCUUCCCAUCCAGCGACAGUGUAUUUCCGGUGAGCGAAACGGUGAAGUCAUUCAAUACGACGACCGCGGCUAUAUUGUUUCUGGAUCUGCCAUGCAAGGUGUCAACCCUGUAAAGUUCAACUACGCUUUCCGAAAGGAUGCCAAGUUCGAUGACGAGCUGCUCAGCGGUGAAUAUACUUUCCCUCACAUUCGCAUCCAGGUUUCUUGGUGUAUGCCCCCUCCUUACAGACCCGAGCGCCUGAACAAGUGGAUUCCUUAUCCUCGUGUCAGCGAAGCAACCUUUAUCCAGGGAUCUGACAUUCACCACGCCAAAUGGACAUACGAUCACAAGUUUCACCCUACAAUCGUCACCAUGCUGAAUGGUGAAGAGGUUCCUACCCCCGUCAUGAUCCGCGAAGAUUGGUUCCACGUCCUCGAUAAGCCUACAAAGAGCAGCUUCCUCCACGACAACCCGCUUUACUUCUUUAACUCGGUCAAGACCAACUUCGUCAGCCGUAUGCUGGGAAUGAACGUCAAGGCCCGUCCAAUCCCUACUUCGCGCGCCCGUACUCAUCUCUGGAAUUCAUGGAAGAGCAGCAAGAAAAUCGAUGCUGUGACUGCUGUCUUCCUGGAUGAGCGUCUCCUUCGAUCCGACCGUGUCCUCCGACCAUAUUGGCGAAAGCGUGACUUCGGUCGUCUUGACUCAGCAAAGGACUACAUUGACGCACAGGUUGACACUAUUCUCGCUCGAGUCGAUAUCGAUCCCGACGUCAGUUCAUGGACCCCAAUGGCAUACAAGAUCAGUGAUCUCUCUUCUUUCGGAAAGGGUGGUGAUUCCAGAAUCAAUACCCGAACACUCUCUACUCAGCUUCAGGAUACCGAUACCCAGCUCCACGUUCUCGCUAUGGAUACGGCUACUUGGCCCAAUGAGCCUGGUGGUGUUUCCUCGUGCCGCCGUGAUAUGAUCAACGAUCUCAAUGGUAUCAGGUGGCACAUUCUUUCCGAGAAUGCGAACGACUACGGUGUACCAAAGUUCCAGAUUGAGCGAAAUGUCCAGUCCCUCACUUAUCUUCCUCAGUGGGGUCUUGAUUUCCUUAAUCCCACACAUGGUGUUUUCCAGAACGUGCUUGAUUCCGCUGUUGUGGAACGAGCUCAGGAUACUCGCGUUGAAGAUAUUGAGAAGCAUUUCCUUCCUAUUUUGACUAAAUUGGUUCGUUGUGCUCGCACGACUAAUCUCACUCGCCAGCAUAUUGAAGAGGCUACCAAUGCGCUUGUGGAUCUGAAUGAGUACUUCGAGUGUGGUCGCAGCUGGAAUGAUGUUUGGAUGAGCGAUACGGUUAAGAACGCUUGGAGACAGCUUUGGUUGUCUGAGGAUGUUGAGGAUGCCAUUCCUGCUUCUCAGUGGUGGGAUGCGGAACUUCCUUCUCUGCACCAGCUGGAUAAUGCUUUGGACAUGUGGCAUCGCUACCUCUUCAUCUUCUCUAUCCCUGUUCCUGAGCGCAUUCCGGAUGUCUUUCAGGUCUCUCACCAUUUCACUGGUGCCACAUACGGUGUUCUCUGCAAGGCUAAGCGCAAGUGUGCCCUCCACGUCUGGGAUCACUGUGUCAGUUUCCGUGAGAUGACCGUCUUCCUGUCUGCCGCUGUGUCUUUCGACUCCACCUUCGUCAACUCUACCCUCAUUUCCCUGGGUCAUCUUUCCUGUGUUCUAAUCGAGCACCACGCUGAUGUCGUUCUUCCCUGUGCGGAGUACUUCAACCCAGGCUGGGAAGUGGAACUCGGUACAGCCGAGGGCGCUCUUCAGCACCGUCGCACAUUCGCUCGUAAGAUCGAUCCAGUCGUCAACGGUAUCACCAACAUGGAGAAGUAUAAGCCUAUUGAGGAGAUCAAGACAAAGACACCUACCUGUGUCAUGUUGUCGCACGUUCGUUAUGUCAAGGAUAUCAAGACAGCCAUCAUGGCUACAGAUCUAAUUGUCAACAAGUGGGGAUUCAGAGACUACCAGCUCCACAUCUACGGAGAUAUGGAGCGCGCCCCAGCCAUCGCCUCACAAUGUCAAGAAGUCAUCGCUUCAAAGGGUCUCCGCGAACACGUCAUCCUAAAGGGUCUUGGUAACCCAUCCCUUGUUCUUCAAGACGCCUGGCUCUUCAUGAACUCCUCCAUCUCUGAAGGUCUCCCCCUCGCCAUGGGUGAAGCAGCACUCACAGGUGUCCCCGUCGUCUGUACCGAUGUCGGCGCCUCCUUCUGUGUAGUAACAGACCGCGCAACCGGAAAGCGAUUCAGUGAGGUCGUCGCACCAAACGACUACGACUCUCUCGCUCGCGCCCAAAUCCGCGUCAUGGCUCUCCUAGAACAAUGGGCACCAUUCGGCGAAGAUGCACCAGGCGAUAUCAUCCCCAAACUAGAGUUCGCUCCUACACCCGAGGAAAUCAAGGCUAUUUCCGAUCGCAUGUACGCGAAGCAGGACCAGCGAAGAGCUCUGGGUAUGAAGGGACGAGAUAACGUUUUGAACUCUUUCUCUUCUCAUCGUUACCUGAGAGAACACGAGCAGAUGCUUUGGCUUGGUAAAUACCAGAGUCAUUCUUAUAUUGCUCGCAGUGCGGUUUCUUCUUCCAAUUCUUCGGGAUUGUUGGUUAAGGAGAAGGCGCUUUAUAGAGCUUCUUAUCUUGAUUCUGUGCCUAGUACGCCGGAGUCGAGUUAUCAGCCUAUUCCUGCGAGGGCUUGGAGGACUUUGAGGGAUUAUAGGAGGCCUGGGUCUGGGUCUAGGCCUGGUUCUUCCGGGACUGCGACGCCUGUUUGA